CCGGAAAAUUCCAACAGGACGUACGCAUCGGGUUACUCUCUUUUUCUUUCUUUUUCUCUCUCUCUCUUGGCAGAGGACUUUCUCUAGCGCGCUUUUAACUCUUCUCUGCGAUCCUGACAUGCGCUCGUCUCGUCGAGUGCGCGCCCUCUUAUCGGGGCCACGAAGCCUUUGCCGAAGCUUCGGUAAGGCGGCAUCGAUCUACCAUAGCACGGUCAGCAGUCAGCAGCUUGCGUUGUUAUCAGCAACAGCGGCAGCAGCUCUGCCGUACAGGAUAGCCUUGCCCCAACAUCAUCGAAGUGGACGGUGACACAUCAGCGGCGGCACUAGCAAAGAAAGACACAUACACACCCACCGCACACAGCCGCAAAAACGUUGCCGUGCAGAAGUGUUAAUCGACGUAUCCUUACCGGAGCGUAGGUGUCGUAGUGUCACAAAUUCGACCUCAGAUAAAGGAGUGCCCGGUCGUGUGACGGUUGAAACGCAUCGAACACGCACGAAGUACGUGUACGGUUUUGUGAACGAGGGUUUGCGUCCUUGUGUGUUGUGCGUGUGUGUGUGUGAGUGUUUGGUGUCGUGCAACCACAAGGCAAGUGGUUGCACCUGUCCACCAUGUUUAGCUAACUGUGCAAAAACCACACGGCUUAGGUGCCUAUCCCUCCACCGUUCUCUAUUAGCAUCAGGAAGGCGUUUCCUCCUUCUCCUAGUUUUGUGCGUGUGUUCGCUUUCUGGCCAGGCUUUCCUGCUCCGAUCCGGCUACAGUCCCCACCGCUCCUACCCGCACCGUACCAACCCUCUUCCACGACCGUGUAUUCCUUUUUCUAUUACACACGCGCACACAUACACACCCUGCGUGCUAGUGUACGUACCUGGUUUCGAUUCGGUUAUGUCGUACGGCGGCGACCCUACACCUCGGUAAAGUCGCGAUAUAUAGUCAUCGUGUCGUCGUCAACUGUAGUCAUCACUCAAACAUCAUCAGGCUGUUGGCAAAAAUCACGUUUUCAGGACGCAGUGCAAAACACAGUGAAACAGUGCUACACAAGCGAGCGAUUGCUUUUUUUUUCCUGCUGACCGCAAAUACAUAAAGGCAUCCGGUUGGUGAUAGGGCUGGGAGUGGGUUCUGGGUGGAACCCGGGGCGGCUGGGCUGGGUACGACGGAUCGCGUGCUGAGGCGUUGGCCCUCGUGACGUAGCGUGCUGCAUCGGAAGAAACGGGUAUAUAGGAAGGGUCAACGAUGCGUCCGAGGGUGGUGAUCCUGUCGGUUCUGUUGGCCCUACAACAGUACCUCGGAACGGGGUCAUGUUCGGAGGAUGAGGAACGGCUGGUGCGGGACCUGUUCCGUGGCUACAACAAGCUUAUACGUCCGGUACAAAAUAUGACACAGAAGGUGGAUGUACGGUUUGGGCUCGCCUUCGUACAACUGAUCAACGUGAACGAGAAGAAUCAAAUUAUGAAAUCGAACGUGUGGCUACGAUUGGUGUGGAGCGACUACCAGCUACAGUGGGACGAAGCUGAUUACGGUGGCAUCGGUGUAUUGCGGUUACCUCCGGACAAAGUGUGGAAGCCGGAUAUCGUGCUGUUCAAUAAUGCCGACGGUAACUACGAGGUGCGCUACAAAUCAAACGUACUGAUCUACCCGAACGGUGAAGUACUAUGGGUACCACCCGCCAUCUAUCAAAGCUCGUGCACGAUCGACGUCACCUACUUCCCAUUCGAUCAGCAAACCUGCAUCAUGAAGUUUGGGUCGUGGACGUUCAACGGGGAUCAGGUAUCGCUCGCCCUGUACAACAACAAAAACUUCGUCGAUCUGUCCGACUACUGGAAGUCGGGCACGUGGGACAUCAUCGAAGUGCCCGCCUACCUCAACGUGUACGAGGGCAACCCAACGGAGACGGACAUCACUUUCUACAUCAUCAUACGGCGCAAAACACUCUUCUACACGGUCAACUUGAUCCUGCCGACGGUGCUAAUUUCGUUCCUGUGCGUGCUAGUCUUCUAUCUACCGGCCGAAGCCGGCGAGAAGGUAACGCUUGGUAUCAGCAUUCUUCUGUCACUGGUUGUGUUUCUGUUGCUGGUGUCGAAGAUUUUACCACCGACCUCACUGGUGCUGCCACUCAUCGCCAAGUAUCUGCUGUUCACCUUCAUCAUGAACACGGUCUCGAUCCUGGUGACGGUGAUCAUCAUCAACUGGAACUUCCGUGGGCCCCGCACGCACCGGAUGCCGAUGUGGAUACGGUCCGUCUUUCUGCACUAUCUGCCGGCAAUGCUACUGAUGAAGCGUCCGCGCAAGACGCGCCUUCGCUGGAUGAUGGAGAUGCCCGGUAUGAGUGUGCCGCCCCAACCCCACACACAUCCCUCGUACGGCUCGCCGGCCGAGAUACCGAAGCACAUCAGUGCGCUCGGUGCGAAACAGUCGAAGAUGGAGGUGAUGGAACUGUCGGAUCUGCACCAUCCGAACUGUAAGAUGAACCGGAAGCUAAACAGUGGCGAUCUUGGCAUUGGCGCGGACAGUUGCCGCCGGGAAAGCGAAAGUUCCGACUCGAUAUUGCUCUCACCGGAAGCGAGCAAGGCAACGGAAGCGGUCGAAUUCAUUGCCGAGCAUCUACGCAACGAAGAUCUUUACAUACAGACACGAGAGGACUGGAAGUACGUCGCGAUGGUGAUCGAUCGAUUGCAACUGUACAUCUUCUUCAUCGUCACCACAGCCGGAACGGUGGGCAUACUGAUGGAUGCACCGCACAUCUUCGAGUACGUCGAUCAGGAUCGCAUCAUCGAGAUCUACCGUGGCAAGUAAAACCGUGGGCAGACACAUGCACACGCGCACCAUCCUGCACAGUCUUACGUGAAGUUGAGUAACCAUUAUCCGGCCUCCACACGGGUACGCGGGUAUAGCAAACAAACCGAACUAUCGGACACUUCUGCUAGCAGGUUCGCACCCGCAAAGCGGAUGUGUAGUGCCUGAUAAGAAUGUAAGUAAGUAUGUAUGAACGUAUGGUUUUGUAGCCCGCUAUCACACGGAGGACGAGCUACACGUUCCUUACAUCACACUCGAUUAGCAUUCCUCGCAAAAGCAACAACAACAAAAAACUACCCCUUUCGGCACAUCGUGUGGUGUUGGAGGGAGACGCACCCAAAACCGAUCAAAACAUCUUCAAAACUUCUGAAACGGACAGCACAGUCUGCCACACCUUGCAAUGUAUUCCUUCAGGUUCAAAAAAUAGUUGCCUACACACCAUUAUUAACACACAACAGCGCAAGUAAGAGAAUGGAGUCCAGCAAUGUGCUCACUAGGUAGACACUAUCGUUUUUUGCAAUAAAAACCACCUAGCGUGGCGUCGACGCCUCUGCCUAAACGUUGCUUACGGUCGUAUUGAAGCAAUCCGUAGGGUUUGGAAACGCUAGGAACACAAAACCCAAUAAAACAAAGCAAAACAAUAAACAAACAAAAAAAAAACGAAACAAAUUAAACAACAAAACAAAAACAAAAGUCGUUACUUAUACACAAUCCCAAGCGGCAAACGCGUCACAUCCAUGCAGGACUUUAAACAACCCUUAAGUAUUAGUAGGAAACGAUACGCACACUACCCCGCAUUACACGGUGCCCUAUCGUACAAUGGUUAGCAGGAUCCUGCAAGUAUUUGCACCUGUAACACCCACGUAACGCUGCUCUCUAACCUCAACGUAACAUAGGCAACUGUUCGGAAGUUAACUAAAGAAAGAGAAAGAGAGAAAGAGAAAAAGAGAAAGAGAAAAAGAAAGAGAGAGAGAGAGAGAGGAGAGAGGUAGAGAGAGUUAAGGUGCGUGAAACCUUAGCGCUCGUUAGCCAAAAACGCCAAAUAGCACAACAGAACAAGUAAACAGAAAAAUGGAUCAUCGUACGUAUGGGACUAGGGGGUAGCAAUUUGCCAAAAAGGGUCGUUGACUGUUAAUUUUUUAUAUCGAAUAAUCUUUAAGUAGCUCAAUAUUAAUUAUUCGUUAACGUAUGAUCCACGGAGAACAGUUGCAUGGAAAAUAUAGCAAAUAGCAAAACAAGAAAAAUAUAUAUAUAUAUAAAUAUAUAUAUUACAUCACUACUUAAAGGUUGAAAUGAUUUGUGAAAGUGGACAAACUAGAGAAUGUGAAGGAAAAGAAGAUAUAGAGAAAGAGAACAAUAGAGAGAAAGAUGAAGAAAAAAAAAGAAAGAAUGAAAACCAGCAAGAGAAAUGAUAAAGAAAGAGAGAGGGGAUAGAAGAGAAGGAAGUUGUAACGACAAAUCUAUACCAAAAAGGCAAUACAUGUGUUUGCAUAAAGGACUCCCCUUCCACAAGAUGGUGGAGCUGUAAUCAAAAACAAACCAUGGAUGAAACGAGUAAAUGCUAGUCAACUGCAAUUUCUACAAAACAAAACAAAACGUCGUAUUAAAAUAAAUAAGUUGAAUAAUAAUAACAGCAACAACAAACAAACAAACAAACAAACAAGCAAAAGACUAUUUAGUGUGUGUGUGUGUUGUUUCCUGGCGCGUGGCGUUAUGUGCGUCACACAGUUAUGCGUGUGGCAUAACAGAAAAAAAGCUCGAGCUUUGUUUACCGUGUUAAUAAUUAGCAAAGAUUAUUGAGUUUACGUCCUUCUUCGCUUUUUCUUGUGUAUUUAUGCACGUUGUUCCGAUUAGAAAAAAAGGAAGAGGAAACGAAAUAUUAAGGAAAAAAAAUCACGAAACACUAUCCUAUCAGUUAAAACUAUUAAACUAUAAGCAAUUGUAUCUAAUGAAACAAAAGCAAACACGAACACAAUUUGUAAGUUAACUGUCCUGUGUAUAUCGCAUAAAUCUUUCCCCUCCCCCACCCAGCCCUUUUCUCGCUCCCCUCUUCCACUCACAUAAAAAAAACAACACACCCCAAAAACGUAAUAAUCGGUGGGAAAUGCGCGAACCAGGCAAAAGAAUAUUUUAUUAUCGUCUAUGCAUUCCUAGCAUUUCAAAACUAACGUUAAUGUGCGAACAAGCAAGCAUAACAUUAUCGUAAAGCAAAUAAAAUUUGAAACCCACAGCAAAUAGAUUUAACAAAACAAGAAACAAACCGUACACAUACACACACACUCGCAAACGAAAAGAAAAACACAGCUACACAACCGCAACGGUAGAGCAAAAUUACACUCAUACGCGUAUUACGUAUACAUCAACCAAAAACCUUAUACGAACAGCAAAUUAUAAUAUAACAUAGCAAUGCAUUACGUCGUAACCGCAAAUAGUGAAAUGGAAGAAAGUUAACCAGAGAAAUGAAAUAUUAGAAGAAGGCAGUACCAGUUCUAACGGAACAAAAGCUAGGGUAAUAUUACAUGAAUGUUUUCUAUGACCUAAACAAAACGAAAAACCCUCUUCCUUCCCUCGAUAUUGGUACGCACACGUACAUCGCAAAGCAAAAUCGUAAAAAAAAGAAUCAUUACCGCAAGCAUGAAACACGCAUACAAUUUGUAUAACAAUUUUUGGAUUGGUGCAACAAUGGUGGUGCGAAAAUAAAUAAAUGCAAAAAAGAGGAAACACACAAAAAAACAUGACGAAACAAAUCCGCACUAAUACCAUAACAUUGCAAAAAAAAACCGUGAUAUACAAUUCACAAUAAUUUAGUAACUAAUAAUAAAGCAAACACAAGCGAACGAGAGCUGCGUGUAAAACUAUGUUAAACGUAUAAGAAGUAACUAACAAAACAAAACACAGAAACAUUCUACUAAAAGCGUGCAAACAGAAAUCUGAAAAGAAUAAACCGAAACCAAUACAAUACAACAAGAUGCAACAGUCAGCAAAAAACAACGUGCAGAAGGAAGAGCAAACAAAAACGGAAGCAAAGCAAACGUAAAAAUGGUACAGUGCGAUAAAGAUAUCUAGUGCUAGUUAACUCAAUAGGGUAAAGCAACAAUUGAACAGCCAAACUUUGUCAAAUUUGACUGCCCUAGUCCCCGGUAUGUGGGUAUGAUUCGACACACUGAAACGAAUAUGGUCGGCCAUGUUUUGCGCAUUUCUACCAGAUUUGUAUUCAGAGCAACAUAGAAGAGAAAAAAAGGUUUUUUGAACGAUUAACUGCAGAAAAUCGAUAGAAAAUGGAUUCUUUUUUAUUACUAAAGUACUUCCAAAAUUUGAUUCAUAAUAGUCCACACGGUGACUCAAAAAUGACUCUCUUCCAACAACAUACAAACACCCCAAAAAAAUACACUGAAGAUCAUGCACUUAAACCACUUUGCUGACCUGCCAACUACGCACAUAAACACAUUAAAAAAAAAACAAGCAAAUACACACAAACGAAGAGACAUAACAUAAAACAAGCGCAUUAACCAGGUACGUAAAGAAUUAACAGUUUACCGAGUGGAAUAUUGGAAUGAAUAUGAAUUGAUUAAUUGGCACACGGCAUUCGGUGUGUGAAUAUAGUAAGCGCGUGCGUGCGCGCGCGUGUGUGUCUAUGUCGGCCAUCGAAACAAACAAAAUGAAACCGCAUGUGCAGCGAAGCACUUUACCGGUAUGCGUGUGUGUAGGUUGCUGAUUCAAUUAACGAACAUUACGAGUAAUAUAUUGUAUUGGAUACA